ACUCUCUGGGCCUCCACGAGCCUAUUUUGCCUCAUCCACUACACAAACAAAAGCACGCAGCACCUCAACGCCGACGACUCACCCCGCGCGUCCCCCGGUUUCAUACUUUCAUCUCGCCGCCGCCGGCGGCGCUACCCCGCGAGCGCGGCAGCACAGCGUCGUUAGGAGACAGCGCCCGUCAACCUUCUCCUGCCGCCGGGCAGGAGCACACAGCGGAGAUGCUCCUCCCGGCCCUUCUCGCCGCCGCGCCCCCGCCGCCGCUUGGCACCACCAGCGCCGCUGCCCCGAGCUCACGCCUCGCGAAUCCCCGGUUCCCUCGCCUCCGGCGCCCCUGUGGUCUCGUGGUGUCCCGACGCCUGGGCCUCGGAGAGGCGGCGCGCGCAGCAGCCACCGAGCGAGGUGCCACUGAGGAGGAGGAGGAGGAGGGGCAGGAGGGGUUCCCGGAGUGGGGGAGCGGCGACGAGGAUGACUACGACCAUGACCCCGAGAUCGCCGACAUCAUGGGAGACUACUUCGACGACCCCAACAAAGCCCAGUCCCGCAUGGAGGAGAGGAUAAAGAAGAAGCGGCACAAGAUCGUGCAGGCCAAGACCGGCUCACCAAACCCCAUGAAGGUCAUCUUCAGCAAGUUUGACUUCUCCAAUUCGUACAUAUGGUUUGAGUUCUACCAUGCUCUACUGCCCAAAGAUGUGACCUUAAUUUGUGAUGCUCUGCGGUCAUGGCAUAUAGUUGGGCGCCUGGGUGGGUGCAAUUCUAUGAAUAUGCAGUUAUCACAGUUGCCUUUAGACUGUCAAAGACCAACUUAUGAUGCUCUUGAAGGAGCAAAUACCACCCCAACAUCCUUUUACAAUAUUGGUGAUCUUGAGAUUCAAGAUAAUCUAGCACGCGUAUGGGUAGACAUUGGUAUUCACGAACCGUUGCUUUUGGACAUCCUGCUUAAUGCAUUAACGACCAUAAACUCAGAUCAUGUGGGCAUUAAGCAAGUACAGUUUGGAGGGAGUGAAUUUCAGAACUGGAGUGAGGACUUGAAAACAGAAGAAGCUGGAUAUAGUGUCCACAAAAUUUAGAAAGCUUAGCCCUAUUAUAGCAGAAGCAGCUGCUGUCCUGCUUAAGUGCUGAUAUAGCUAUAGCACGGAUCCAACAUAGAUUCCUGAAUCACACACCUCACCAGGGCUUCAACCGCUAUGAUCUUGCAGAACUAAUUGAGAAGAAUAGUCACCAUACCAUCGUUAAUCCUGAAAAGCUGAUUGCCAUUUUUCUGGAAAGACCAAAUAAUCUUUGCUUGGAAAAGGUUGCCAAUUAUUCUGCAAUGAAGCUAUGGCCCAUCAAGAUUCAAAUAGAUCCUAAGAUGAGCAAAGGCGCGAUGCGAUGGUUUCUUCAUUGUCAUCUACUUGGAAAGAAGGCAACAAAGUAUGGUGAUUGAUAGAUAUCAUGAGUCACAAAUCCUGACUGAGCAAUAUGAAAAAUCAACCAAGUUUGUGAAAUGCUCAGAUAAAAAAUUCAAGGAAUAUAUGUAUAUGUUGUUAAACUUUUUAGGCAAGAGUUCAUUUUUGGAAAGCUGUUACAGAAAUUUUGUUUUCGAUUAAUCA